CACAUCACGGUACGCCCCCAGCUCCUCCUACCUCGAGAGUCACGGGAAAUACAUGCAAGCCUCUCCCGCCUUCUUCAACAAUAACAAAACAGCCAAUCUUCCACUCACUCUUCUCAGUCUUUUCUUUCUCUGAAACCAACCAAGAAGCUUGAAAAUGGCGUCUCACCAAGAAGCAAUCAGGCUCAUGGAGAACGGAAACUUCAAGGGAUUAUCGGCCGGAAAGGAGAUCAUGAGGCAUGGCCGUUCCGCUCGCAAAAUGUCCUCUUCCUCCUUGCGCAAGAAAUCUGACCCCAGGCUUGUCUCCAAAGUUCGCUGCGCCUUGCUCCGAAAUUUGCUGGCCAAUCUGCAAGAGGUCAUUCUGGGGACUAAGCUUUCCGUCCUUUUCCCUGCGAUUCCUCUCGCCAUUGCUGCUGAUUGCUAUGGAUUCUCACAACCCUGGGUUUUUGCGUUGAGCUUGCUAGGACUUACACCCCUUGCUGAACGAAUCAGCUUCCUGACUGAGCAAGUUGCUUAUUACACAGGCCCCACAGUGGGAGGGCUUCUGAAUGCGACAUGCGGAAAUGCGACAGAGCUGAUAAUAGCAAUAUUUGCUCUCAACAACAACAAAAUAGCUGUGGUCAAGUAUUCUCUCUUAGGUUCCAUCCUUUCAAACCUUCUCUUAGUCCUUGGAACCUCUCUUUUCUGUGGUGGCAUAGCAAACCUUUCACAGCCACAAAAAUAUGACAGAAGACAAGCAGACGUGAACUCACUCAUGCUUCUGCUGGCAUUAUUGUGCCACUUGCUGCCAAUGUUAUUCAGAUAUGCUACUUCCUCAACUGCUCUCGCUUCAGACCCAUCUCUCCAAUUAUCAAGAGCUGCAAGUAUUGUCAUGCUGGUUGCAUAUUUUGCUUACCUUAUAUUUCAACUCUGGACACAUCGCCAAUUAUUCGAAGCCCCGGAUGAGGACCAAGAUAGCGACAAUGUUUCAGAAGAAGCGGCAGUGAUAGGAUUCUGGAGUGGGUUUGCCUGGCUGGUAGGGAUGACUGUGAUCAUAGCAUUGUUGUCUGAGUAUGUGGUAAAGACGAUAGAGGAUGCGUCAGACUCGUGGGGUCUGUCUGUCAGCUUCCUCAGCAUAAUUUUACUACCAAUAGUGGGCAAUGCAGCUGAACAUGCAGGAGCAAUCAUUUUUGCUUUCAAGAACAAGCUGGACAUCUCUUUGGGUGUUGCUUUGGGCUCUGCAACUCAAAUUAGCUUGUUUGUGGUUCCCUUUUGUGUGAUUGUUUCUUGGAUAAUGGGCAACAAAAUGGAUCUUAACUUCAACGUCAUUGAAACGGGUUCACUUGCUUUGGCCAUUAUAGCAACUGCCUUCACUUUACAGGAUGGAACGUCCCAUUACAUGAAAGGUUUUAUUCUCCUGCUCUGCUACGUUGUCAUUGGGACAUGCUUUUUUCUGCAGAGAUCACCAUUCAACCAAGCUCAUCUUGGAAACAUGGUACCUAAAUCAACAACCGAUGCAGUUUUCACAGCUUAAUUUGUGUCUUGUCCUAUAUGUCCCAUUCCGCAAUGUGGAUCUCAAUGGAGGAAUUUGAUAGCAGGCUCAUGGUGAUCUCUUUGGAUUGCCUCCUUGAGGAUGAGGUGAAGGGAAAAGCAGAAUCUAAACUCACAACAGAUUCAAUGGAUUGGUUAUUCUUUGAUUCCAAUUCGUAUCUUUCAUUGUCUCUAGAUAGAAUUGCUUUGCGAGGAGCUACUUCAUUGCGGGCUGUGUAGAGAUCCCCUCGAGCUAGUAUUUGGUUGGCGUGAUAUUAAUUUUCAUCUUUAUAUUAUCACAGGGUUGUAUCUAUAUAUAUAUCUAAGGGGUGUUUGCCUCAUGUAUUGCUAUGUAUCAGAUCUCAAUAAUUGAAAGUUGUUCUUCGGCGUUCUAUACCAA